AUGCGGAUAACUGUGUUACUCUUACUCAAUCUACUGGUAGUGCUCCUCAACGGUUUACCAAUUGCUCCAAGUGAGUAACUUCAUCCAGUUAGUGCUAUUCGUACCAAGUUCAGUUUCAGUAGUGGAAGAUGGAGCCGAAGAGCAAACCGGCGCAAUGCCACUAGACGACGCUUCUGAGACGCAAACCGAAGAAGAGACAACAGCAGAGAAUACGGUACCUCCGCCACGAGUGAUUCCCGCACAUGUUGACGUCACUGUGGACGUGAAUGAGGACGGCGUACUAGACAUUGAUGAGAUUCGUUAUGCAGCAUUUGUACACCACGGACUGUCCGCGUCUGUUGUCGAGGAUAUGUUCAAGCAGGUUUUACUUUCGGCACAAGUUGUUGUUGAUCCAUAGUAUUAUUACUCUAGGUUGACACUAAUCACGAUAACGUGUUAGACGCGCGAGAGUUCGACGCCAUUCGUAUGCUGGUGCUCGAGAAGGCUGAAAAUGCUGCUCUUCGGUACUUACAGAACAUUGACACAGAUCGAGAUGGCCUUCUCUCCCUUCAAGAAGCUCAGAACUAUCUUCUGAAAGAGUAUGGAAUAGGCCAUCAUGACGUGGCACGGCUAUGGAAAUUGGUCCCGGCUGAGAUGAACGAGAGAAUGAAUGCCACGCUGUUCAGCAAGUUGAGACGAAGAGUUCGUGGUAUGACCAUCCGACUGGCAAGACAGAUGAUGAAGGUUGGCCUUAAAAUGACUCGAACUUUCCACCUAAUUAGUAUUCAGAAUGCCGAUUUAAACGGAGACGGCCACAUUUCUGUCGAUGAAGCUCAAGCGAUUGCUUUCGAACAGGAAGGCAUUGGGGCUGGUGACGUGGCAUCGAUGGUCGGAAGUGUGGAUGAAAACAUGGACGGAGAGCUGAAUGCUCCUGAAUUCGCCGACUUUGAGAGAAUCGUCAGAGCCAGAGCUUUGGAGAACAGCAAGUGAGCUCUUAAUAAUUUUGUUCACUUUUUUGCUUAAUUGUGUUUGUUUUUUCAGAAAAGCGAUGCGUGUUGUAGACGCCGACAAUAGUGGAACUCUCACACUGGACGAGGCGAAGAGAGUCGCAUUCGAGCACUACGGAUUCGACGAAGGAACUCUCGCUCCGUUCUUUGGUCAGGCCGACGAGAACGAGGACGGACAGCUUGACACGGUUGAAUUCGCGGGAUUCAGAUCUGUGAUUCGUGCCCGGUCCGUAAAGGAUGCCAUGGAAAAGUUGAAGGUGCGUGUUCGAUGCUGGCGGCAUUACCUGGAUAAUUAUAGAGAAUUGACACAAACCACGAUGGCCUUGUAAGUACAACAGAGGCAGUUGAGUCGACGAAAAAAGAGGAUGAUAUGGAUCCCGAAGAGACCAUGGCACUGUUCAACAUUGCCGAUCAGAACAAAAGUGGAAAAUUGGAUAAAGUGGAAUUGGCUGACUUCAACAGAUUAGUUCGGUUGAGCUCCAUCAAGUUUGCUACGGAUCAUUUUAAGGUUAGUAAUUCCUUGUAGACAGUUAAUACCUGAUGGAAUGAUCUAGGAGUUUGAUCUCGAUGGAAAUGACGCUGUGACUUUCGACGAGAUUGCUCUUCUCAUUGAACAAAAGUACGGAAUCGCUCGGAAUAUGAUCAAGACUUUCUUCGAACAAAUCGACAUUGACAACUCUGGUGAUCUCAAUCCAGCUGAAAUUGUGGAUUUCAGGUAAAUGCUUUCACUAUUGUGGUUCUUUUUAUCUACCUUUUCCAGACAUCUCAUCCGGAACCACGUAUCUCACCAAGGACGAGAGAAGGUCUUCCUUUUCACUCUUUGAUUCUUUUGACUUUUAAAUUAACAUUAACAUAAUAUUUUUGCUUUGAGAGGGGGUUUUUGUAAUAAAUUUAACCCAAUUUUGUUGGUUUUUUUCGUUUAGGUUGCAUGUGAUUAGAUAUCGUAAAUUUCAGGUUGUGAUCACAAGCACUGUUCCCACCAGCACGUUAGGCACAUCUCUUGUCACCAUUGCAAGUUUCGAUUCCACAAUCACCACAACUAGAAAAGCGAAAAGCGUUGAAGUUUCCGAGCUCAUUGACGGAAUUCCCAAUGACGUCAUUGCACAAGAUAUCUCUGUACCCGAAAGCACAAAUACUACAACUAUCCGUACCACUACAGUACCCACGACGACUUCUCGGGUACCUAUAAUUAGGUAUAUCAAUGCAUUUUUACUCUUGUUCAGACCACUCCCGCACAUGCAACUAGCACGAUAGGGACAACAGAACCAGCUUCUAGCAAGGCUUCACCCGCAACAACGCUUCCCCCUCCCUCGUCCACUCUUCUGACAACACUCAAGGCUGCCAAGCGAACAACAAGACGACCCACUAUUCCACCGCCGAUAUCUUCCUCGGAAAGGACUGAAGUGGUUGUUGAGGAGAUUAUUUAUGAGGAUGAAAAUGGUAAAUGCCAGUGAACUUUCGUUUAAUCUGACUUGCGCGUCUAUUUUCAGGAAAUCCCAUGAACACGAAAAAACGAAAAGCUGGGGGAAAGGGUGACGAUGUUUCGUACGAAGAGGUGAUUGAAUAUGUAGAUGAGCCCGCUGCCAACUGA